GAGAUCUUUCAUGAACAGAACCAACCAGACUGAAGCAGAGCCAUCCGCAGAAACAAAAGCUUUUACAUCAAAGCAGAAUUCAAUCCGCAAACAACGGGGGGAAAAAAAAACUUUUUCAAGGAAUGCAUUUUCCCGGUGCGCGCGUGUGCAGCACGUUCUGAGGAAACCGGGACCGAGGCUGCAACUUUAAAUGGAAAAACUUUCCCAAUUUUGUUACAAGGAGUAAGAAGUUAAAAUAUCCAGGAGAGAGGAGGAGGGAAAGUUAACCCAGAAUCUUGGCUGCACUUCAGAAAGGAGAAGCGACUGGUCAGGGCGAGGUGGAGGUGCCCUCUCUCUCUCUCUCUCUGACUCUCCCUCCCUCCCUCUCUGUCUCUCCCUCCCUCUCUCUCUCGGGGUGUUCCGAGAACUCGAUGGCUCACAAUCCGCUCAGCCGGUAAACAGAGGAGGAACUUUGCAGGAUUUGAAAAUUGGUUUCCCUCCCCCCUCCCCCUGUUGACUGAGUCUGGAAAUGAGGCAGAUUAGCCGCUACUGGUGGAUUUUAUACAAUUUCGUGUGCUACUGUUGCCUGUGCUGUUGCCAACAAAGACAGGGUUACCUGGUAACGGCUCCCUCAGUUUUCAGAGCGGGGUUGCACGGGGUAAUCAGUGUCACAAUAUUCAACCCAUUGAAGGUAACUAAAGUCCAUGUCCAGCUAGUGGCGAAAGGGACAACCGUCGCUCACGGUCAGGGCUCCGUCUUCGAAAAGGGGACAGUCACGUUAAAGGUACCUCCAGGGGUCAGUGGACAAGCUCAGUUAAAGGUUUGGGGAAAUCGAUAUCUCGCUGAUGAUGGGUACAUCUUCCAUAAUUUCACAACUGUUACCAUCGACUCCAAGGAAUCUUCUGUGUUCAUCCAGACAGACAAACCAGUCUACAAACCGAAACAGAAAGUGCUGAUAAAUGUGUUCACUGUCACCCCUGACCUUCGACCCUCCAAUCAGAAGGUCGAGGUGUACAUUGUGGAUCCCCGAGGGUCUCGGAUGAUCCAGUGGAAUGAGUUAAAGCCAGUGUGUUGUGGCAUUGUAAAUAUGAGCUUUCCACUAUCAGAGCAGCCCGUGCUUGGAGAGUGGAUAAUCUUCGUACAGUUGCAGGGUUACAGCUACAAUAAGACGUUUGAAGUUCAGAGAUAUGUUUUACCAAAGUUUGAACUGAUCAUUGAUCCGCCCAGAUACAUCCAGGACCUGAACAGGUGUGAGGAAGGAACUGUCCAUGCCAGGUACACAUUUGGCAAACCAGUAUUGGGGAGAUUGACAGUGAACAUGACAGUGAAUGGAGUGGGCUACUAUCGACAUGAGCUGGGACACCCUGUGGUGAAGAUCAUGGAGAUUGAUGGGUCAUCCACCUUUCCCAUCUGUGCAAAGGAGAUGAUGCCUGUUGAUGUUCCAGAUCAUUUCCGAGGUUCAGUAAACAUUUGGGCCUCAGUGACAAGUGUAGACGGCAGUAAACAGAUCACCUUCGACGACUCGACCCUGGUUCACAAGCAGCUCAUCGACAUCAAGUAUUCCAAAGACACUCGCAAGCAGUUCAAACCAGGUCUUCCCUACAAAGCCAAGGUGGAGGUGAUGUAUCCUGAUGGAAGUCCCGCAAACGGUAUCACCGUGCGCAUCAAAGCCGAGCUUACUCCAAAGGACAACGUGUACACGAGUGAGCUGGUGUCGGAGAACAGCAGGGUGGAGUUUGAGAUCCCAUCCAUUCCGACUGCUGCCCAGUACGUCUGGCUGGAGACUAAGGUGACAGCUAUCAAUGGGACACCAGCUGGUGACCAGUAUCUCCCCAGUUAUCUCUCCAUCAGCAGCUGGUAUUCACCGAGCAAAUGCCAUAUUCAACUUCAGGGGCCGGACAAAGCCUUCCAGGUCGGGGAGGAAGCUCAGAUUGCUCUGAAAUCCACCUGCUCCUGUGACUUCACAUUACACUACGAGCUGGCUUCACGGGGGAACAUCGUAAAAACAGGAAGGCAGCCAGCAAGUGUCACUCAGCAACGGAGCAAGAGAGCCACAGUCACCUUCGACAAGGAAAAACAGACUCCACAGAGCUAUCAGUCCAAAUCUUCAGCCAGUGAGGUGGAUGUAUGCAGCACUUCCUUACAUUUUACUGUCACGCAUGACAUGAUCCCUUUAUCCCGGUUGCUUGUCUACUACGUGCGGGAGAAUGGCGAGGGAAUCACCGACAGCAUACAAAUUCCAGUCCAACCGUCCUAUGAGAAUAAGGUAUCAAUUUCACUUUCUACCAACAAGACGAUGCCUGGUGACCUCAUCAGUGUUGCAGUGAAAGGAGAGGCAAGAUCCUGUGUUUGUGUUGCGACUGUGGAUAAGAGUGUGUACCUGUUGAAACCAGGCUUCCAGCUCACCACCGAGAAGGUAUUCCAGGAGUUAGCUGAUUAUGAUGUUUCGGAUGCUUUUGGAAUUCCAAAGGAUGAUGGUCAUUUCUGGUGGCCAGGGCUAUCGUCACGGCGUCGACGGAAGAGAAGAUCAUCCGUGUUUCCCUGGCACUGGGAUAUCACCAAGGAUGCCCACUUCGCCUUUAGUGAAACGGGCCUGGUGGUUAUGACGGAUAUAGUGAGCCUGAAUCACAGACAGAAUGGGGGGAUGUACACAGACGAGGCAGUGCCUGCUUUCCAGCCCCACACUGGUACCCUUGUAGCAGCCUUGCACCCAAGGAUUGUACCCAGAGCCGAGAAGAGGAAAAGAACUUUUUUCCCGGAAACCUGGAUUUGGCAUUGCUUCAACAUCAGUGAUUCCACAGGAGAAGCCCGUUUACAUGUAGAGGUCCCAGACUCCAUCACCACCUGGGUGACCGAGGCAGUCAGUCUAUCGCAGGACAGUGGCCUCGGACUCGCUAAAUCCACUGAGCUCCGUACAUUCAAACCCUUCUUUGUGGAUUUCACUCUGCCAUAUCAUGUGAUCCGUGGGGAACAAACUAAGAUUCCACUGAUUGUAUACAACUACCUCCCGAGUUGUGCUGAGGUUCAUGUUAAAAUCACAGUUCCAAAAGGAAUCAAAUUCAUUGGUCACCAGGGGAAGCGACACCUGACUCGAAAGAUGUGCGUCAGUUCUGAGGAAACAAAGCCAACUUCCAUCGUCCUGUCCUUCAGUGAACUUGGCCCUGCCAACAUCACAGCCAAAGCGUUUGCUUACAGUGAGAGCAGCUGCUGUGAGGGAGGGCUACAGGCUCUGAAGAACAGCAAGUACCUGGAUGACAACUACACGGAUAGGAGGACGCCAGCAGGCACGGACUAUGUGAAGAGACUUGUGCUGGUGGAGCCUGAAGGAUUGCCCAGGGAGUACACCUACAGCAUAUUCUUCUGUCCCAAUGAAAAGAUUCACAUUUCCACUCCCAACAAGUAUGAGUACCAGUACAUUCAGAAGCCAGCCAGAAUGGUGCACUUUGAUGUGGCAGUAAAGGCGCACAAUGAUGCCCACUUUGCCUUAUCAACGGGACCUCAUGACACAGCUGAAAUGGUUGAGAUUGUGAUUGGAGGACGGCAGAACACGAGGACAUGGAUUGCAGUGAGCAAGAUGGGAGAGCCAGUGGUCAGUGCAAACACACCUCGCAUCCUGUCCUGGGAUGAGUUCCGAAACUUCUGGAUUCGCUGGAAGACGGGCAUCGUCCAGGUUGGACAUGGUACGAUGCCAUCCAAUGAGUCUUUGAUUGUGGAAUGGGCGAUAGCCAGAUUCCCGGAGAUCAGUUACAUCGGCUUCUCAACUGGCUGGGGCUCGAUGGGCGAGUUCAAAAUCUGGAGAAAGGAGGAAUCAGAUGAAAACCACAAUGAAGCCUUCACUCUUGGAGUGCCUCAUAACGUAGUCCCGGGAUCUGAGAGAGCCUCCGCCUCCAUGAUAGGGGAUGUGAUGGGCCCAACUCUCAAUAAUCUGGACAACCUCCUGCGCCUCCCAUUUGGUUGUGGGGAACAGAACAUGAUCCAUUUUGCACCGAAUGUCUUUGUGCUGAAAUACUUGCAGAAGACGAAACAACUGUUCACUGAGGUGGAAAGUGAGGCCACAGAUUACCUACUGCAAGGAUAUCAACGUCAGCUGACGUACAAACGAGAGGACGGAUCGUACAGUGCAUUCGGUGAGAGGGAUUCUUCCGGGAGCAUGUGGCUGACAGCAUUUGUACUAAAAUCCUUUGCUCAGUCUCGUGGCUUUAUUUACAUUGAUCCGAAUGAGCUGAUGACUGCGAAGGACUGGAUUAUUCAGCAUCAGAAAGAGGAUGGCUCCUUUCCUGCAGUAGGGCGCAUUCUGAACAAAGACAUCCAGGGUGGAAUCCACGGCAGGAUCUCGCUGACAGCCUACGUUGUUGCUGCUCUCCUAGAGACAGGAAUCACCUCCGAGGAAGAAAAAACCGCGGUUGCAAAAGCCAAACAUUUCCUGGAGACGAACACAUACUCAGCGGAUGAUCCGUACACUACGGCACUCUCCGCCUAUGCACUGACCCUUCUCCGGAGCAAACAUGCCCCAAUCGCACUGAGAAAACUCAACAACAUGGCCAUAAUGCAAGAUGGGUUCACACAUUGGAGUCUGACGGGUACAACAGUCACUGAUGAGGAUACGUUUAUGGGCUUCAGUGAUGGUCUUUCGCAGUCAGUUGUAUCAGCAGAGGUGGAGAUGACAGCCUACGCUCUCCUUACAUAUACCUGCCUCGGAGAUGUGGCAUCUGCCCUUCCUGUUGUCAAGUGGCUCUCACAACAACGCAACGCACUGGGAGGAUUCUCAUCCACACAAGAUACCUGUGUUGCUCUGCAGGCACUGUCAGAGUAUGCCAUUCUCUCCUAUAUCGGAGGAGUCAAUCUCACCAUCUCACUCGCAUCGACUAAUCUGGACUUCCAAGAAUCUUUUGAGCUCAACAGAGAUAACAAGAAGAUUCUGCAGACAGCGGUGAUCCCAAGUGUCCCAACAGGCCUGUUUGUCAGCGCAAAGGGAGAAGGUUGCUGCCUGAUGCAGAUCGAUGUGACCUACAAUGUGCCUGAUCCGGUGGCCAAACCAGCAUUCCAGCUCUCAGUGAACUUAAAGGAACCGAAUCGUGAGCAGCACCAACAUCAUGUCAGGCCAGUGUCCAGGAAUGAUAAUCGGUCUCAGCUAUCACGGAGAAAACGAGCACUGGACACUGAUGAUGAUGAUCCAGCUUCAGACCAGGAUCAUCAGGAGUACAAGGUCACACUGGAGGCAUGUGCCAGGUGGCUGCAUUCCGGAUCUUCAAACAUGGCAGUCCUGGAGGUCCCUCUCCUGUCCGGAUUUCGAGCAGAUGUGGAGAGUCUUGAACAGGUGGGAAGGUUCAGUUCCAGCCCCGGGGAAUCGGGUGGGGCCAGCCUCCCGGUCAAAUUUUGCUUGAGAAUGAACCUAUGA